GUGCAGGUCGUGCGCUGACGCUGCGCGUGCCUUGGUCUGGCUCUCUCGCCAAAGCAGUUCGAGUGAUGAGUGAACGCCGCGCCCUCGCAACGGACCAACAACGGAUGUGACCCUCGGCCAGUGUCGUCCAUCAAACCGCGCCUCCACCAUUCACACCACCAUGUGUCAACGGAGCCUACAGCAAAAAUCGAUGAUGAUUAGUAGUAGCGGCAGCGGCAGUGGCAGCAGUGAACAGCAACAACAGCAGCAGCAGUGAGCAGCCCUCUCGAAACUGGCACUAGGCUGUCAGGACGCUGCCUUGGGCUGCGCUGUGUAAAACGGGUGGUGAACGGGUGGACAUCACGAGCCACGAUCCUGUUUAUCUCUGUGUGUGUGCGUGUGUGUGUGUACGCGUGUGUGUAUGUGUGAGUGGCCGGAAAACUGAAAACUUAACCGUGGGUUGACGGGUCCGUCCCGGUCCCGGUCCCGGUCUGGGUCUGGGUGGGAGCACGGUUGACGAUCCUACGUUGCUCCAGCACACUCCAGACCACACGAGGAGUCCCAGACUGCCCCACCGACACCGAAGCAGCAUAAUGGCGAGACGGCUAGCGCUAGUCUUCAGUCUGGUGCUGGCCAGCAUACGAACCGCCGUGGUCGAUGGCAAAAGCUACAGGAACUACUCAGAUAUUGGCGAGCUGUCAAAAAACCAUGCCAGCUUGUCGCUAUCGGACAUAUUACCCACGCAUCAGAAAACGUACGACAAGAACCGGGCCCCGAAGCUGUUGGGCCAACCGACGGUGGUCUACUUCCAUGUGACGGUCCUAUCGAUCGACUCCAUCAACGAAGAGUCCAUGACCUACGUGGCGGACAUAUUUUUGGCACAAAGCUGGCGCGAUCCGCGCCUACGACUACCGGAGAACAUGAGCGAGGAGUACCGGAUACUGGACGUCGACUGGCUGCACAGCAUCUGGCGGCCGGACUGCUUCUUCAAGAACGCGAAGAAGGUGACGUUCCACGAGAUGAGCAUACCGAACCACUACCUCUGGCUGUACCACGACAAGACGCUGCUGUACAUGUCCAAGCUGACGCUAGUGCUGUCCUGCGCGAUGAAGUUUGAGUCGUACCCACACGACACCCAGAUCUGCUCGAUGAUGAUCGAAAGCCGUAAGUAGAGAGGCUCGCACGGUACCGUGUUCCUUUUGUUUUCCUCACGCAGGCCUCCUACUGGCGGAUGCUUGGCGGAUGGGUG